CCCACUGAAACUGCCACCCGUCAUCAGCAUCAUGUUGCGUCUUGUUUGCUGCUUGGCCGUUUUGGCCCUGGCUGCUGCCCAGAUCCCGGCCCGUUGCGCCUCUCCGGCUCAGUGGUCUGCCCAGGCCUUUGUCCGUGACUCGGAACGUGGGCAAACCGAGCUGAUUGGGACCCGUUAUUUCUACGACGCCGUCAACCAACGCAAGGCCCGCUUUGACCAGGUCGACGCCGAUCGCAACACCAGCUAUUUUAUUGUCAUUGAGCUGCACCAGGAGGGCACUGAAUACAUCUACGACAUCCAGAGCCGCAGCUGCAAGAAGCAGGACCUCCGCCGUCCCUUCAUCCCCCACUCUGUCGUUGACAACGCCACCUACCACGGUGACUAUAUCAUUGGUUCCAGCGCCACCCCCGACUCUGGCGUCGAGAUUGAAGUGUGGACCCACCGCUUCGAGUCUGAGCACGGCACCUUUGAGUGGACCGGCGAGUUCACCCGCAGCCACUGCUUUCCCGUGGAAUCCCAUGUCGAAGGCCGUGGCUUCUUCUUCGUCGAACAAUUCAUUGACAUUGUCGUCGGUCUCCCCGACCCCAACGUCUUCAUCCCCCCCGAGGAGUGCCAGUAAAUCACUUGCCCAGUUGACGCUGGCUUGAAUCGUUUUUAUCACCUUCCUCUCUUUUGUGUUUUAGCAGUUUGUUGUCAUUUCGCGCUCAUCCAAGGCGCCGCUCGUGUGUAAUACCUUGCUUCAAAUCGACAUGAACGUUUUUUUAUUUUCUAACAUCGGAUGUAACAUGUAUUUGCCUACAAUCGCAUUGCCUGCAAGAACGGCCGACACAUUUUAU